AGUACACCAAGUUCAAGGUUUUGCAACAUAAAAUUUAACUAAUACUUAUCAACGAAUUCUCAUAAGCAAAAAAAUUAAUAGAAAGAACAUUUUCUUAUCACCACGUAUGGGACCACCCUUUACGUUUUGUUGAUAAGAGAGACUUGUUGGUUGUGUUGUCAAGGAAGGUUAGCUAAACAUUUUCUAAGAGGGUGCAUUGUUUUUCAGCCCACCUGAUUUUUAGCGGCCUACGCAUUACAAAAGCAAAGUUUUCUGGUGGAUAUACAUAAAUAAAUAUGUACUUAUGUGAGUUCCAAAACAUAUGUAUUUCGAAAGUUCUGCUGCCUAUAAGAGACAUUUUAUAGGGGUUUUAACACCUAAACAAAAAGCGAAAUAUACUUAGAGGGUAUUUCUUUACAUUAAAAGCUUAAAACUUAAGUCAAAGCUAAUUGCCAUGGCGAUUUUAAUGGAAGAAUUUUGUCAAACUUACAAGUGACAUAAUACAAAAUUUGUCAGUUUAGAAAUGAUGCGCUGCAAAUAUACACAUGCCUUUUAUUUACCUUUCAUCAAUAGCAGGAGAAAAAUUCUGCUGUAAAGUAAGUACUUUCUUAUCAGAGUUAUCGCUCCCUCUUUUCUUCUAUGCCACUGUACAGAUAACAUUUUUAUUUGAAAUUCGCAUCAGCUGCACAAGCUAUGUAUUUGUUUUUCAGUGCACUGGUACUUAAGCAUUGCAUCCGACACAUUUUCCUAUCAGUUCAAAUUCCUAACUCGAACGCAACGCUUUCAACGCAAAGCGCUAUAAAAUAAAGCAAUUAAUAAACGUGCAAAAAAUAUUUACAUAUAUAAAUACAUACAUGCACACAAAUAAAUACACUUUCGGUGAGCGCGCUUCUUUGUUUAUAUUUGAGCAUUAUUUAGGCGAGUAAAACUCUAGGCAUAUUUGAGAAUGUCAGCAAUUUGUAAGGCCCGUAAUGCCGGCACGGCUGUCGUACGAGUGUGCAAGUAUGGAGGAAAACAACAACAACAGUUGCAGAAAAGUCAAAUUGCAUUGCAGUCGACACUAAGCAAUGCCAAGAUUGAAAGCGUGGAAACCAAAUCAUCCCAAAAUACAUUUAACUUCGAAUGGCAGCAAGCGCUAUCCUAUAAAGCAAUUCCCAGACUUACGCGAUAUCAAAUGUUCCGUGGUUUCGUAAAAGGAGGUGAAUUUGUCAAUCUCUCGCUAAAUGACUUUCUUUUUAAAUGUCGUGAGAAAUUUGGUGAUAUCUAUCGCAUGGCUGGUGUUAUUGGGCAACCAGAUACGGUCGUACUUUUUAGUGUAGACGAUUUCGGGAAGAUCUUUCGCACCGAAGGUAAAUGGCCUAGUCGGCCCGGUACAGAUGCCAUUAGAUACUACAGAGAAUCACGAAAAGAUGGUUUCUUUAUAGAAACUGGUGGGCUAAAUGCAGAAGGUGAAAAAUGGGGCGCAUUCCGAAAUCAAGUGAAUCCCAUUUUGAUGCAUCCAAAAAAUGCCAAACUUUAUUUAGAACCAUUGCAAAAUGUGAAUUUGGAAUUUGUUAAAAGAAUCCGCGAUAUUCGCGACCCGCAUAUACACGAAGUGCCGGACAACUUUUUUGAAGACAUCAAUCAUCUUGCCUUCGACUCUAUUGGAGUGGUUGCGCUGGAUUAUGACUUCGGUUUAACUCGCAAAAAUCCCGAUUCAAAAGAUGCCAAAUUACUUUGCAAGCAUAUGAGCGCAUUUCUAAAGUCCAUUUAUGAUUUGGGAAUCAAACCUUCAUUCUACAAAUAUAUAAAAACACCAACAUAUCGACGUUUUGAAGAGUCAAUGGAUCUCAUGUUUGAUAUCACAAAUCGAUAUGUCAAUGAAGCUGUAGCACGCCUAGAAGAGUACCCUUCCACCGAAGGCGAGGAACGCAGUGUUUUGGAGAAAUUAUUGAAAAUCACUCGACAGACGGCUAUCGUUAUGGCCAUGGAUAUGCUGAUGGGUGGUGUGGAUGCGCCUUCUAGUGCGAUCGCUACUAUCGUACUGUGUAUCGCUAAAAAUCCAGAAAAGCAACAAAAACUGCGUGAAGAGCUCUUUGCUAUUUUGCCGCACAAAAACGAUCGUUUCUCUAUUGAUAAUAUGAAGCAAUUGCCUUAUUUGCGCGCCUGCAUCAAGGAAGCACUUCGUUUAUAUCCAUUGGCAUUUGGUACAGCGCGUAUAACUGGUGCUGAUCUAGUGUUGAGCGGGUAUCAAGUGCCCAAAGGGACGCCUACUUUAAUUGCCACGAAUUCCCUACCGAAUGAGGAGCGUUUCUUUCCACGACCUCGUGAAUUUAUACCGGAACGUUGGCUGCGCCAAAAGGAUGCAUCAUCUAUGAAUGUUGACGAGCAAUUGAUUGCAGAUAAUGUGAAUAAAUUUAUUAAUUUGCCUUUCGGAUUUGGUCCACGCAGCUGUGUUGGCAAACGUAUUGCUGAUCUGGAAAUGGAGUUGACAUUGGCUAACGUGGUGCGGAAUUUUCAUAUUGAAUACAACUAUCCGGCGGAAAAUGCCUUCAAAUAUCAUUUUAUAAGUACGCCUGCUAUACCGUUGAAAUUUAAAUUCGUUGAUUUGAAAUAAAUAAAUACGCUUCCUUAUUUGAAAAAAG